UUUCUGCUCACAUUAUCCAACACAAACAGUCUAGUAUUGAUCGUCUAUUAUUGACAGCUAGAAAAAUCUAGAAAUGGCAGAAACUGCUCCAGCACCAGCCGCCCCUGCCCCUGCUCCGGCUAAAGCGCCCAAGAAGAAGACCGCCACAAAGCCCAAGAAAUCGGGUCCCAGCGUGUCGGAGCUGAUCGUCAAGGCUGUGUCUGCCUCCAAGGAGCGCAGCGGGCUGUCCGUGGCGGCGCUCAAGAAGAUCCUGCAGGCCGGCGGCUACGAUGUGGAGAAGCACAACUCCCUCGUCAAUAGAGCCCUCAAGAGCCUGGUGACCAAGGAGACCCUGCUACAGACCAAGGGCACCGGCGCCUCGGGCUCCUUCAAGCUCAACAAAAAGGCGGCUGAAGCCAAGGACAAGGCGGCCAAGAAGAAGGCAGCUCCCAAGAAGCCAGCGGCAAAGAAAGCGGUUGUCAAGAAAACAACGAAAAAGGUUUCAGCGAAGAAAGCAGCGACACCCAAGAAGACUCCUACGAAAGCGAAGAAACCGAAGGCUGUAAAGAAGGCGCCCAAGAGCCCGAAGAAAGCGGCUGCCAAGCCUAAAAAGGUCGUAAAGAAGAGCCCGAAGAAAGCGAAGGCAGCGCCUAAACCUAAAAGGGUGACCAAGGCAGCCAAACCCGCAGCGAAGAAGGCGGCUCCUAAAAAGAAGUGAGCAGUUAAAGCAACGAUGCAAACAAUGAACCCAAAGGCUCUUUUCAGAGCCAACACAUCUUUCUAAAAAGAGCAAAUUUCUCUUAUCUACAUAAUAAACGUGGCACUGAUGUUUUAGUACGCUGUUUAAUACUGUAAUAUUAAAGGAAAUCACUCGCUA